CAAGACAAUCGUGAGGAUAAAUCUCCUCCCAUCGCUGACAUCAGUCCAAUUUUCAACAAUCACAAUGAUCACUCAGCGAUGGAAAGAAUGCAAUCAAAGGUUCAAAAACAUACAACCAACAAAUUGACGGCUCACAAGAUCAACAUAAAAAUGUCCCAAAUCCGUUGAUAAAGGGUAAGAAGAUGGAUAAUAAUAGAAGAGCAAUUAGAGAGCGCGGUCACCAUAAACACGACAUUCUUCAAUAGAUAGAAAGAAGAUAACCCCACGAAAAAACCGUCGGCAAAAUUGCGCUUUUUAUGCAUACCCGACACCUUCUCCUUCAUGGACGCCCAAUUGCUCAAGCUCUCGUCUGCAUUUCCUCUCGCAGCAAAAAUCGCCCCCAAACAGCCCCUUAAUUUCCCCUCAAUUGCCCAAACUUAUAUUCAACUCUCUCUUUUUCCAAUAUUCCUUAACCCGAACCCCUGGAAUAAACCGGGAUUUCACACCACGGCAGCCUCGCGGAAAAACGACGCCGCUUUCGACGAGGCGGCUUACGAGGCCGAGCGGCUGAGCCUCGACGCCGCUGCCCGAGAGUCCAUGUCCCAGAGAUCCGAAACGGAGGCCCGAUACUCGGACGACCCGAAGGCGUGGAAAUGGGUCAUCAGGAAACGGGUCUGGGACUUGAUGGAGGCCCGGAACAUAGCCCAAUUCCCCAGGCCCGUCCACCAUCGCAUUCCCAAUUUCGUCGGUGCCCAUAUCGCUGCUGAUAAAUUGAGUGAGUUGGAGGUUUUUAAGAAUGCUGACUGUGUGAAAGUGAAUCCUGACACGCCCCAGAAGCAAGUUAGAUUCCUCACACUAAAUGGUGGAAAAAAGCUUUUGACUCCACAGCCACGUCUUAGAACAGGAUUUUUCUCAGUUCUUGAAAAGUUGAUGCUAAGCCCGAGCACCAUUAAGGAAGCGUGCACUUCUGUUGGGGUGGCCAAACAUGGUAAGCCAAUAGGUUUAGAUGAGAAGAUAAAAGUGGACUUGAUCGUCAUUGGCUCUGUUGCUGUCGACCCCAAAACUGGGGCAAGACUUGGCAAGGGUGAGGGAUUUGCCGAGCUCGAAUAUGGCAUGCUACGGUACAUGGGUGCCAUAGAUGACUCAACACCAGUUGUCACAUCAGUUCAUGACGAGCAACUGAUUGAUGAAAUUCCUGUGGAGAAAUUGCUGGUUCAUGAUGUACCGGUUGACAUCAUUUGCACUCCAACCCAAGUUAUCUUUACGAACACCCCAAUUCCAAAACCUCAAGGAAUAUACUGGGACAAACUCUCUCCCGAAAAGCUUGGCCAGAUUAGAAUAUUAAGAGAGCUUAAGAGUAAAAUUGAACGUGAAUCUGGGCAAAAGCUUCCCUGUGGUCCAUCUGAGAAAUUGCCCCCUACUGCCCCAAGGAGACGCUGAUUCAUUUUGUUCUCUGCAUUUGACCUGAAUCAAAUCUGAAGAGAAUCAUUUUCAGUUUUGUGCAAGUGGUGUGUGUAUUCGAAUGUGAAUUCACUGUUAGUUGAAACAAUGGUGUUAAUUAAAAAUUUAUUGUUUAUGUAAAAUU